AUGAACCCUCCUUCAUGGCCAAGUGCCCCGCCAGACCCAGCCCUGGAGUCUAGCUGCAUGGCCACUCCAGCCUCCCCCAGCAGAUGGGACAGCUUCCAGAGCAGCACCUCCAGCUUGGGCCACCCUCUGCCCAUCAGCCCCACGGCAGCCAGGGUUCGGGCUGCUGCCUGGGUGCCCUUCCCCACGGUUGAUGUUCCAGACCAUGCCCACUACACUCUGGGCACAGUGAUCCUGCUGGUGGGGCUGACAGGGAUGCUGGGAAAUCUGACGGUCAUCUAUACCUUCUGCAGGUGCCUGGUUGACAGGCUUCUGGCCCCUCACAGGAGCAGAGGCCUCAGGACACCUGCCAACAUGUUCAUUAUCAACCUCGCGGUCAGCGACUUCCUCAUGUCCUUCACCCAAGCCCCUGUCUUCUUUGCCAGCAGCCUCUAUAAGCAGUGGCUCUUUGGAGAGGCAGGCUGCGAAUUCUAUGCCUUCUGUGGAGCUGUCUUUGGCAUCACCUCCAUGAUUACCCUGACGGCCAUCGCCCUGGACCGCUACCUGGUGAUCACGCACCCACUGGCCACUGUUGGGAUGGUGUCCAAGAGGCGGGCGGCGCUUGUUCUGCUGGGCGUCUGGCUCUAUGCCCUGGCUUGGAGUCUACCGCCCUUCUUUGGCUGGAGUGCCUAUGUGCCCGAGGGGCUGCUGACCUCUUGCUCCUGGGACUACAUGAGCUUCACACCGAAGGUCCGUGCCUACACCAUGCUGCUUUUCUGCUUUGUGUUCCUCCUUCCCCUGCUUGUCAUCAUCUACAGCUAUAUCUUCAUCUUCAAGGCCAUCCGAGAGACAGGCCAAGCUCUCCAGACUUUUGGGGCCUGCGAGCGUCGUGGCAAGUGCCCCCGGCAACGGCAGCGGCUGCAGAACGAGUGGAAAAUGGCCAAGAUCGAGCUUCUGGUCAUCCUUCUCUUUGUGCUCUCCUGGGCUCCCUACUCCACUGUGGCCUUAAUGGGCUUUGCUGGGUACGGACAUGUCCUGACACCCUACGUGAACUCAGUGCCAGCUGUCAUCGCCAAGGCCUCUGCCAUCUACAACCCCAUCAUUUAUGCCAUCACCCAUCCCAAGUACAGAAUGGCCAUUGCCCAGCACCUGCCCUGCCUGGGAGUGCUGCUGGGUGUGUCAGGCCAGCGCACUGGCUUGUACACCAGUUACCGCUCCACCCACCGCUCCACACUGAGCAGCCAGGCCUCAGACCUCAGCUGGAUCUCCGGACGGAGGCGCCAGGCGUCCCUGGGCUCUGAGAGCGAGGUGGGCUGGACAGACACGGAGGCAACAGCUGCUUGGGGGGCUGCCCAGCAAGUGAGUAGAUGGUCCCCCUGUGGUCAGGGCCUGGAGGACAUGGAAGCCAAGACCUCUCUGGGGCGCCUGGGAUGGGAAGCAGAGGCUCCCGGGAAGACCAAGGGGCUGCUUCCCAGCCUGGACCCCAGGAUGUAG